GCUUUGGAAAAAGUUUGACACAUGGAACAUGGCGUAUUUCGUGCUUCCGCUCUUUCUUUCCCUUUCUUUUACCAACGUGCAUAGUGUCUAGUAAAAGAUGCCAGCCACGGCCGCCAAGAAACCAGCAGCUAAAAAGCUGCCCGCUGUGCCGGAAUCCAAGCUGAAAUUCAGCAAGAAACAAAUCACCAAGCGUGUCGCUGAGACGAAACGUCGCUUGAAGCGUGCCGCUGUCGUUGCUCUGCGCAAGAAGGAGAAUUUGAUUCGUGCCGAGAAGUACCAGAACGAGUACAUCAAGGCCGAUCAGCGCGAGAUUAAGCUGCGUCGCCUGGCCAAGAGCCGUAACCAAUUCUACGUGCCCGCUGAAGCCAAAUUGGCUUUUGUCGUCCGUAUUCGUGGUAUCAACAAGGUUGCGCCCAAGGUACGCAAAGUGCUGCAAUUGUUCCGUCUGCGCCAAAUCAACAAUGGUGUCUUCAUCAAGCUGAACAAGGCCACCAUCAACAUGCUUCGCAUUGCCGAGCCCUACAUCACCUGGGGUUACCCCAACUUGAAGUCGGUGCGCGAGUUGAUCUACAAGCGCGGCUAUGUCAAGCACAGCCGUCAGCGUGUGCCCAUCACCGAUAACUUCGUGAUCGAGCGCAAGCUUCGCAAGGCACACAACAUUCAGUGCGUUGAGGAUUUGGUGCACGAGAUCUUCACCGUGGGACCCAACUUCAAGUACGCCUCCAACUUCCUGUGGCCGUUCAAAUUGAACACGCCCACCGGCGGCUGGCGCAAGAAGGCCAAUCACUACGUCAACGGUGGUGACUUCGGCAACCGCGAGGACAAGAUCAACAGACUGCUGCGCAAGAUGGUCUAAGAAUUCUGCGGUGGGAUAGAUUAAAUCAAGAACGGUCUGGCAACAGCGAAAGAAAUAAAAUUAACUCUUUUUUUUAAAAGUACCCAAAUACCGUUAACAAAA